CUUUUCUUAUUUACAAAAAAUAAUAAAUAUCCUUUACAUACUAUCUUACGUUCAAUAAUAAGCAAAACGCACUCUAUACGUGCUACACUUUUUAUUUACUCAAACGAGUUACAGUGUGUGACCUUCAUUCAAUCAUUCACUCAUUCAUUCAAUCAUACGGAUCGGAUCCUCCCUCAACCUGAAAUCAAAAACCACAAUGGGUAGUUGCUGUAGCAAAACACCAGAAAAGUCCACUGGUGGCGAAAACGAUCAAAACCGAAGCAUUGAAAGGCAAAUCAAGACGGAUGAGAAACGGAUGAAAACUGAAGUCAAGCUAUUGCUAUUAGGUGCUGGCGAGUCUGGCAAGUCCACUGUGUUGAAGCAAAUGAAGUUGAUCAAUGCAUCGGGGUUUGACGCGUCUGAACGUGAAAGUUUUCGCAUGAUUGUGUUUUCAAACGUCAUCAAUAUCAUGCAGACACUGCUUGAAGUGAUUGACCAGUUGAAUAUACCGUUGGAGUUAGAGACCUCGCAAGAAGAUGCCGAGCUCAUCAUGCAAGACACGCCUGCACUUUCCAAGGCCCAACCUUAUCCCGCAACCUAUUUGGAUCCGCUCAAACGGCUGUGGUCUGAUCCAGGGAUUCAAAAGGCAUGUAAGCAUGGCAAUGACUUUGCAUUACACGAUAACGUAUUAUACUUCUAUGAAGAACUGGAUCGAUUGUGGGAAGAGCACUAUAUACCAACGGACAAGGACAUCAUUCGAUGUCGGGCAAAAACGACAGGGAUUGCAGAAUCCAUUUUUCACUUGGGACCAUUGACGUAUAGAAUGUUGGACGUGGGUGGACAACGGAGCGAACGAAAGAAAUGGAUACAUUGUUUUGAAAAUGUAACAGCCAUUCUAUUUGUGGUAGCCAUCAGUGGCUAUGAUCAAUGCCUGGUGGAAGAUCGAGAUUCGAACCAAAUGCUAGAAGCAUUGAUGCUAUUCGACAGUAUAUGUAACUCUCAGUGGUUUGUGAAAACAUCCAUGAUCUUGUUUCUCAACAAGAUUGACAUUUUCAAAAAGAAAAUCAAAGAAUCACCCAUAUCCAAGUAUUUCCCCGACUACAAAGGUCCUGACGAUGACUUUGAACAAGCACGAACGUAUUUCAAGAAGCGGUUUCAACGACUCAAUCGAAAUAGUGAAAAGCGAGUGUAUGCCUACUUUACGGAUGCAACGGACACGGACCUUCUCCAGCAUGUCAUGACUGCCGUUUCUGAUAUUAUUUUGAAUGAAAAUCUGAAUACAUUUAUCCUUUAAUUUUUUCCUUCAUACUCACUAUUUCAACUGACC